GUUUAGUUUAGUUCAGUCUGCAGCUGGAGGACUCAGAACACAGAGGAGGGCGAGAUUACUCUCAUGGAGACAUGGCUUCAGAGACUCUCCUGAUCUGUGUGUUGAUGUUGUCGUCUGUACGUGUGAUAAAGUCUGCUGAGUCUCUGUUUAAUGUGACGUGCCAGCCUGCAGUAGGAGUCAUCGGUCAGAUCACUCACAUCUCCUGCAGCAUCGAGUCACAAACUGGGCCUGUUGUUAUUAACACAGUGGCUUUAACCAGGUUUAGUGAGAAGACUAAACCCUGUUUCACAUUUCAACCGUAUGAGAACAGAGUGACAGGAGACUCUCGAUUUAAAGUUGAAAGCUUGCCAUCGUUACAGCUUCAUAACACAGCGAUCUCAGAUGAAGGUGGAUAUAAAUAUUACAUCAGAACCAACCAGGGGAAUGUUAAUGUACAAUUCACAAUUAAUGUCACAGCCGAGUACAGCUCCCCGAUCAUAACCUCAGAGCCGACAGAGAUAGAGAGCGGUGGAGCUGCUGAUCUGUACUGUAAGACUAGCGGUGGAUACCCAGCAGGAACCAUCCACUGGUUUGAUCAGAGCAAAACAAACUGGACACAAAACUCCACCCUGCAGAUCACACAGGGACACGACGGUCUCUUCACUCUGUCCAGUAAACUGAGCUCCAGGAGCAACGACACGACCUGGGGACCUUUCAGGUGCGUCGUCCUCAACUACAGAUAUGAAGAAGAAGGAGAGAGCGCAUCAAAUCUGGGGAGAGAGGGGGAUUCCGAGCCGAUCAGCAGGACACGUCUGUACAUCAUCAUUGGUUGUGCGGGAGUUAUCGUGUUUCUCGUCGCAGUGUUCCUAAUUGUCCUCUUGUUGAUGAGAAGAUGUCCUCAGCCUCUGAAUAAAGUCGUGUAUAAGAAAGCAGCCGAUGCUGAUCAGAACACUGCAGUAUAG